CCUAAUCUUAUAUCUGAUUUUCAAAAAAACUUGUGGUAAAAAUUAUAAUAAUAAAUACAGCGAUGAUUGCAAUGGUGUGCAGCAGUACAACAAUGUUCAAGAAAGCGUUAACACUCUUUGCGGGUCUAAUCCACUGUCUCUUACCAUCCCUUCAUUCACUUCCAUCUAAUAGUAUUGUCAAUGAUGUUCAGGUAAUACCAAAAGGCAAUUGUCAGCUAAACUGUACGCAAAACUAUUUCGAUGAGGGAAAGGACUGUCACGACUCUCGGGGACAAUGCAAUUGCAUAGCGCACUGUUGUCUGGCGUUUGACUGCCGUAAUUGGGGAACUCUGGUCCAGUGUCGGCGCAAGUGUAAUGUCGUGCCCAACAAGUUUGGCAAACGAUCGCAUCAAAUGAAUUGCGAGCAAUACCUGUGCGAUAAGGACUACUUUGACGGCAGUUGGGACGCCAGGGGUACCGAUGAGAAGCAGCGCAAUUGUGUGGAGCACUGUUGUUACGCUUUUGAUUGUAGAAAAGCAUCUGGCUACUGUCGACAAACGUGCGGCAUCGAUGUAUGGGUCACACAUAGACCCGGCUAA